ACUGCCAGCCCUCAAGGCAAACACAAAGUCACGUGUCGUGAGUUAGUUCCUCCAAAGCUUGUGGAUCACUGCAAUGUCUUUCUCGAUAUACAGGCACGAAGUCGAGGUCAACAUCUUUCCUGCUUGACAGUGCGCUCCAGAGACAUGGCGGCCCAAUUCGAUGCCUUCCCCAGUCUUUCUGCAGAGCUUCGCGCCACCAUCUGGAGCCUUGCCGCGCGAGACGAGCACAACGGCAAGCAUUGUGAUGGGCGACAAAUCGAGUUGUACAACCAUGACCCAGAUACAGAAUCGGUCUCUGUCGCUAUAUCAAGCCCCUACCCGACGCUCUUUGCUGUGUGUCGUGAAGCACGCUACGAGGUCGCAAAAACAACACAGUGCAAGUGGAUAUCAAUCUUUGCUCGCUCUAACAGCCCGAUAGAGUCAGAUCAUACAACAGGAUUUGAGAUAUGCAUCAACUUCGUAUUGGAUACGAUCAAUCUUCGCACUCGCUUUGCCACGCCACUCUUACGAACCCCUUUAACAAUCCGCCCCACCCAAGAGCAACGUCAGCUGGAAGCGCUUGCUCGAUUGCUUGACUACAGGACCAUUCAACGCAUAGAGCGAAUUGCCAUGGAUGCAGAACCCCCUAUAGCUCCGUACAGGCUGGACUUCGAUGCAUGGUGGAAAGGGGAAGGUCUUGAGCUUUUCUGUUUUGGCCGAUUACAAAGCGUUACUAUCAGCACGAGAGAGAAGUCUGAACACUGCUCUAAGGACUAUGCGAGAUGGCUGGAAGCAGCAGUAAGAGAUCAAGUGCACGAUGCGUGGGCUGAGAGGAGCCAGAUGAAUGUGCCGAGGAUAGAAGUGCUGAGCGUGGGUGGAAGCACUGCAUGACUACAGGUCUC